AUGCCCCGGAGCCCCACGUCCAGUGAGGAUGAGAUGGCUCAGAGCUUUUCUGACUAUUCUGAGGAUCCUGGCUCUGACAGCUCCAAAGAAGAGACCAUCUAUGAGACAAUAAGAGCCACGGCAGAGAGACCACCAAGCCGAAUGGAGGACAUCCACUGUAACUCACUCGUCAUCAGGGUGGUCAUCCCUGACCUGCAACAAACAAAAUGUAUGAGGUUUAACCCUGACGCCACAGUAUGGGUUGCCAAGCAACGCAUCCUGUGCACAUUGAGUCAGACCCUGAAGGAUGUUCUAAACUACGGCCUGUUCCAACCGGCCAGCAAUGGCCGCAAUGGCAAGUUCUUGGAUGAAGAACGACUCCUCCGCGAGUACCCUCAGCCAAUCAGCAAAGGUGUCCCAUCGCUGGAGUUUCGCUAUAAAAGCAGAAUCUAUAAGCAACCUAAUGUGGAUGAGAAACAAAUUGCCAAACUUCACACAAAGGCCAACUUGAGGAAGUUUAUGGACCAUAUUCAGCAUCAUCAAUUAGACAAAAUCUCCAAGAUGCUGGACAGAGGACUGGAUCCAAAUUACCAUGACCCAGAAACUGGGGAGAGUCCCCUCACAUUUGCGGCCCACGUUGAUAAUGCCACAGAGAUCAUUAAAGUGCUGAAGAAUGGAGGAGCUCAUCUCGAUUUCAGGGCUAAAGAUGGCAUGACUGCCUUACACAAAGCAGCUCGUUCAAAAAACCAAGUUGCAUUAACGACUCUGUUGGAACUGGGUGCGUCUCCGGACUACAAGGACAGUCGCGGCCUGACGGCUCUGUAUCAUACAGCCAUGGUGGGCGGAGACCCAUACUGCUGUGAGCUGCUUCUCCACGAACAUGCCUCUGUGUGCUGCCAAGAUGAGAAUGGCUGGCAUGAAGUCCACCAGGCUUGUCGCCACGGGCAUGUCCAACACCUUGAGCAUCUGCUGUUCUAUGGGGCAGAUAUGAGUGCACAGAAUGCCUCAGGAAACACAGCCCUGCACAUCUGUGCUCUUUACAACCAGGACAGCUGUGCCAGAGUGCUGCUGGUUCGUGGAGCUGAUAAGGAGCUGAAGAACUACAACAGUCAAAGCCCCUUUCAGGUGGCCAUAAUUGCGGGCAACUUUGAGUUGGCUGAGCUGAUAAAGAACCACAAAGAGACUGAUAUAGUGCCUUUCCGCGAGGCCCCUGCGUACUCCAAGCGCCGGCGGGUCCCCCAACAGAAUACUCUGACAGCUCCACGGGUGCUGCUUCGCUCCAACAGUGACAAUAACCUGAGCGUGAGUGCCGUGGUUCCAGAGUCCCAUCCACAGCGUAGCCUUUCCCCUCAACUGCUCCAGCAGAUGCAGAGAAACCCCAAUGGCACGUUGAGGACCAUGGGCCGAGGCGGCCGAGCCCCCCGUAGCCGAUCCCCCUCUCUCAGUCGCCUGGGAGAGGAGCAACGCAGACAGAAACGCAGUCCCAGUGCCAGUGUAGAGGGCCAAACCUCCAGGAGGAAGCUGUACAGCGCCGUGCCCGGCCGGCUCUUUGUGGCGGUGCACCCGUACCAGCCUCAGGCCGAGGGCGAGAUCACCCUCUACAAGAAUGACAGGGUCAAAGUUCUCAGUAUAGGAGAAGGGGGCUACUGGGAAGGCAGCGCUCGAGGGCAAGUGGGCUGGUUCCCUGCUGAGUGUGUGGAGGAGAUCCCUUCCAAGCCCAACGAGGAGAGGCCGCAAAGCAGAGCUGAUCGGGCAGACAGAAAGAAACUCUUCAGACAUUAUACUGUUGGGUCCUAUGACAGCUUUGACGCCUCCAGUGACUGCGUGAUUGACGAGAAGACGGUAGUCCUCCAGAAGAAGGACAAUGAAGGCUUUGGGUUUGUGCUGCGAGGAGCCAAAGCGGACACUCCUAUCGAAGAGUUCACGCCUACUCCUGCUUUCCCCGCCCUUCAGUACCUGGAAUCAGUGGAUGAGGGCGGAGUUGCCUGGCAGGCGGGGCUUCGUACAGGCGACUUCCUUAUUGAGGUCAACCAGGAUAAUGUGGUUAAGGUUGGCCACAGGCAGGUAGUCAACAUGAUCCGGCAGGGAGGAAACCGUCUGGUCAUAAAAGUGGUGACAGUCAGUAGGAAUCUCGAUCCCGAUGACACGACGCGAAAAAAAGCACCCCCUCCUCCAAAGAGAGCUCCUACGACAGCACUGUCUAUGCGCUCUAAAUCCAUGACAUCAGAGUUGGAGGAGAUGGUGGAUAAAGCCACCUUGAGGAAAAAGAAAGAUAAAGUGGACGAGGUUACGCCAUCCCAGAAAGCCACGCGGGACAACACCUCUGUAGACAUGAGGGUGGCCACCAUCAAACCGCGCCCUUCCAGCCGCUGCCUGGCUACACCAACAGACCUUAACUCCAUGUUUGAGCGGCAGGGUGUAGCUGUUGUGCCACCCACUGUACCUGGCAGCCCCAGAAGGCCAUACCUGGGUGUGCCCAAAGGCACCAUGAGGAGACAAAAGUCCAUUGUGUGUGUGUAUAUUUUUUCUUCAGGAAUCACAGAGGAAGAGAAACAGUUCCUGACCCCGCCAUUGCUGAAGUUCACUCGUAGUCUCUCCAUGCCAGACACAUCUGAAGACAUCCCUCCACCCCCUGGCAUCUCACCUCCAUCUCCACCUUAUGCACCUAAUGCCUCUAUGGCAAGGGGCUAUGGUACCACCCAGCCUGGGUUCACACAGAACUCUGCCACCAAAGGCCACCCCAUUCGGACUGACGUCAGUGUAGGUACCAUGCGCAGAGACCGGGGCGGGUACCACAGACAGAGCUCUGAACAGUAUGAGCCUCAGAAUCCCCCAGCCCAACAGGAUAUACGCUCACGCAGUAGAGCCCCAGUACCAGAGAACCCAUAUUCAGAAGUAGGAAACAAAACAGUGUACAUCCCUGCCAAGCCAGCACGAAGGAAGGGCAUGCUGGUGAAACAGCCAAAUGUAGAGGACAGCCCAGAGAAGACUUGCUCCAUCCCCAUCCCCACCAUCAUUGUCAAAGAACCGUCUACCAGUAGUAGUGGCAAGAGCAGCCAGGGAAGCAGCAUGGAAAUUGAGACCACUACACCGGAUCAUCCAGGCCAACUAAGGCCAGAGGAUGGGCUAAAUGUCAGCAACCCUUUUGCGGCAGCUAUUGCUGGGGCAGUGCGCGACCGUGAGAAGCGGUUGGAAGCACGCAGGAACUCCCCAGCUUUUCUGUCCACCGACCUAGGCGACGAGGACUCCCCCACCCCAGCCCCCCGUUUGCGUCAAUCCAAAUCCAUUGAUGAGGGCAUGUUUAACAAUGAUGAUAAUCUACGAAAACUCAUGGCUCCCCCUGCAUCACUGCUUGGAGUGCCAUCAGGUAGCGGGGGCAAUGUGACAGACUUCAAUAGUCCAGAGCCCACGAUAGUGCGUGAGCCUCUUAGCACUCGAACUGGGAAUUGCCCUAACUUAGACAGCCCAGUCAGCCUCCCUGCUGGCAUAACAUACAGCUCUAAUGGCGGAGGUUACCUACACCCAGUGACGGGCAAGGUUCUAGACCCCAACUCACCUCUUGCUCUUGCUCUAGCCGCCCGAGAUAGAGCCAUGAGGGAGCAGGUGCAGCCUCCACCUCCCCCACCCAAAGGAGACCCCCACAAACCAGACCUGAACCAACCACUCUUCAUUGAUACCAAGCUUCGCUCAGGCAUUGAGGCCAAAUUUGCUGCCACAGCGACUAUGGGUCGACCUGGAGGCAGGGGUGGCCUACGUCGGCAGAUGACUGAAUCCAAGUAUGAGACAGAGGGAGCAAAAGACAGUAAACUUGCAGAGGAGAAGAAGAACAUGCUGAUAGACAUUGUGGAUACGUCACAACAGAAGUCAGCAGGGCUUCUCAUGGUUCACACAGUGGAUGGGUCCAAACCCAAAGAGAACAACCUACCUGAGGGUGGGAAGCAAGAGAGGUCCUCAGCACAGGACAACACCCCCACAGAGUUAAGAGAUCCCAACACCAACCCCCCUGCCCCUAAUCCUCAAGCCCCUGCCUCUAACUCUCAGCCCCCUGUCCCUCCCCAUGCUAAGACCAUCGUCACCGCCAGCUCAGUGGAUGAGCCUGUUAAACUGCCUUUCCGCAUACCCCCUCCUCCUCUUGCCUCAGUAGACAUUGAUGAGGAAUUUGUGUUCUCUGAACCCUUACCACCACCUUUAGAGUUUGCCAACAGUAUUGACAUCCCAGAGGACCAAGUGGAAACCCUCAAACAGAGGAAGAACGGGACAUCAGGGGCACUUUUGCCAUCUUAUCAUCCCCACGCCCCACCAACGGGCAACACUGAUCCCAAACGUCCAUUGUGUCUUUCUAACUGCCUUCCCCCACCCAGCUAUCCCCCACCACCUCCAGAGGGUUUUGAGCCAGUGACCGACUCAGGCAUUGAGGAGGUGGAUAGUCGGAGCAGUGGUGACCCUCACCUGGAGACCACCAGCACCAUCUCCACUGUGUCCAGUAUUUCUACACUGUCAUCAGAGGGCAGCGAGGCUCUGGACACCUGCACAGUCUAUGCAGAUGGGCAGGCCUUCUUGGUGGACCGACCCCCUGUGCCGCCCAAGCCAAAAAUGAAGCCCAUCAUUAACAAGAACAAUGCACUUUACCGGGAUGCUCUGAUCGAGGAGAGCCUUGAGUCUUUUGGCCAGCCACCAUCAGCCCCUCCCCCACCACCAGGUGGUGCUGCCUCAUCAGAACUGCCGAAAACCCCCACACAGCGGAGCUCAAAACUUUGGGGAGACCCUCCUGAACUGAGGAGUCCCCCGUCAUCAGUUACGGACCCUAAGGCUAAUGUCAUCAGUGAAUUGAGCUCCAUACUCCAGCAGAUGAAUAAGGAGCGCUCUCCCAAACAAGGGGAUUCACUUGACUCCCCCACAGCAUCCAGGAGCUUUGGAUCAAGACCCAGAAUGUCCAAAACUGUUUCCAACAUAGCAGGGACAAGGAGCAACACAGUGACCUUUGCCACGCCCUCCACCCCUCCUGCGAGUUUACCUACCCAGCACCAUGUCGGUUCCAACCCAAUCUCAUCCCCUCCGGACUCUGGCCCUGCCUCUGUCCGCGCUUCCUCCCUCCCUGCCUCUGCCUCCUCCCCUACCCUAACGGACGUGUUUGGACUGCCCACUCCACCUAUGGGCAGCGGGGGCAGCGAACGCUUCAGCAUGGGCUCGGUGAGCAGCCGGUCGCCCUCCCCCCUCACACUGCUUCAGGCUGCCUCCAACAAGCCUUUCGCCAGCAAGCCUGUCGUCCUGUGGACCAAGCACGAUGUAGCUGACUGGCUCGAGAGCCUCAACCUCGCUGAGCACAGAGAUGCCUUCAUGGACAAUGAGAUUGAGGGCUCACAUCUACCCAACUUGCAGAAAGAGGACCUUAUAGACUUGGGCGUGACCCGCGUGGGCCACAGGAUGAACAUAGAGAGGGCUCUUAAACUGCUGAUGGACAGAUAA